CGUGGUUCUAAUUGCUCUAUGGAUGAAUUUUGUGGGUGUUGUACCUUCUGCCCUAAUUAUGAAAGGAGUUGUACAUUACAAGUCGGCGCAUUUUUGCACCGAUUGUACAACUCCAUGUACUUACACGUUUCUGUCUCCUCAUAUUUCGUCUUCCCAAAACAGCAAAAUAAGCAACCAUAAAAAAAUGUCAUAGCUUUUUCAAAUUUGUAUUCUUUAAUUGGUUCACAUGAAUGUUCCAUUACUGCUCGCUCCCCCAGGAAUCUAGGUAUUGUUUUGCGACUUGGGACAAAACAAAUAUAUCAUUUUCUGAUUUUGGGUGUGAAGAAUGGGGCAUCCUGCAGCCGUUUGGGACCAUAGAGCUUCUCUUGAAUUGACAAAGGACUGGAAUGGAAUCGACCAAGUUGUGCUUCGGAACUCUCAAGGGGCGUCUGCGCGAGUGAGCCUGCAUGGAGCACAAGUUAUCUCGUGGAGGAAUGAUAGAGGCGAAGAACUUCUUUUCACCACUAGUAAGGCCAUCUUUAAGUCUCCAAAAGCAAUGCGGGGAGGCAUCUCCAUUUGCUUUCCGCAGUUUGGGAACUGUCAUGCACUUGAGCAGCAUGGAUUUGCUAGGAACAAGAAUUGGAAAAUUGAGGAUAAUCCUCCUCCGCUGCAUCCAAAGGACUCUUUUGGUAUAUCCUUUGUUGAUUUACUACUUAAACCUGUUGAAGAAGAUCUGAAGUUCUGGCCUCACAGAUUUGAGUUUCGCCUUCGAGUUUCUCUCACAUCCAAUGGAAACUUGGUACUGAUAUCGCGCAUCAGGAAUAUAAGUUGGAAACCUUUCAGUUUCUCUUUGGCCUAUCAUACACAUUUCUCUGUUUCUGACAUUAGUGAAGUCAGGAUAGAAGGUUUAGAGACGCUGGACUACCUUGACAACCUCUCCCAAAGGGAGCGAUUCACAGAGCAAGGCGAUGCCCUAACUUUUGAAUCAGAGAUAGACCGUGUUUACCUAAGCUCACCCAAGUGCGUCGCUGUUCUUGAUCAUGAGAAGAAACGAACAUACGUUAUCAGAAAGGAAGGGCUACCUGAUAUGGUCGUGUGGAAUCCGUGGGAGAAGAAGUCGAAAGCAAUGGCAGACUUUGGCGACGAAGAAUAUAAGCAGAUGCUAUGUGUGAAUGCAGCAGCAAUAGAGAAGAACAUCACCCUGAAACCAGGAGAGGAAUGGACAGGGAGAGUCGAGCUUGCUGCCGUACCUUCAAGCUUUUGCUGCGACGAACUCGAACCUCAUCUCGACUACUUUUGAUGCUCGACUUGUGAUCGUUUGUUCGCUCGCUGGCUCACUUUAUCGAAGCCUGUGGUUUUUGUAAAAUGGCUGAUAACAAUUUGGUUGUGUAGGAUUUGAGGCAUUUACAUUUGCUCUCUUUUAGCUUUGAUCAAUGAGCUCAAAAUUGUCAUGCUUUUAGGCACUCUGGUUCAGACAAAUUGUAACAUCAAUUCAACAUUUGGAGCAUUAACAUUAGUGAAAAGUUGAAUUUUCAUAUUAA